AACGGUUAGAGCAAUUGGCGAUGAACCCUGACCAUAGCACCGUCAAUCUGGUGCUGUUACAUCGGGGAGAAGAGCGACACGCCCACGAAAAGCAACCACUCGGCAAGAGGCAGUUGGGAUUGAAAUUCGGAGCUUUCUCGAGCUGUUCAUUGAUUCGUUCGAGCUGAACCCGACAAUCUGGAACUGACGAGGCUGAGCUUUUAGACCCGGGGAGUGUUGAUCUGGAGUGAGAGUAACUAUGGCGUAGUUGUAGUGAGGGCAUGGUAAAAAAUCAACUCUCCGACUUCUCCAUUCCCGUGACUCUCUCUCUUACACCUCUGUCCUAUCUCCUCCUCUUUUCCACUCUCCUCCGCUUUACUCUCCUCUCCUCUUCGCUUUCCUUCUUUUUUAAUAUAUUCCCUUUUAUCUUCUAAUCCCUGUAUAAUUGUCACUUUGCGCUAUCCAAAGUCCAUCAUUUGCUGGUACCAGUGAUCCGUGGAAGGCCCAGCAAAUCUCCCGCAGUUUGACAGCUGCCGGCUCACCCAAAGAGGCGAUCGUUAUUUCGUUCCUAGAUUGAACAAAGCUUUGUACAGUCCCAACGUGUUCGGUGUGUCUGUGUGUCUGUGUCUGUUGCUAACUGACCCUGUCGCACUUGCCAGGUCUUUCCGAGUCGUGACGCUACACUUGCCACUGCGCGCCUCGUCGUCUGAUUCUUUCC